AUUCAGACACAAUUACCUUUUCAAAUCAAUUAUUUCAAAAACUUCCAGCAAAAGUCCAAUCGAAUAAUUCAGCUGUCGAACACUAUAAAAAGCAGGCAAGACAGGCCGAACAAGAUGCUUUGAAUUUGCGAAAAGCUAAUCAAGUGUUACUAAAUACUGCUCUGACAGAAACUCUUUCUGAUGAAGAAAACUUUUUUUCUACUAAAAGAAAUAAAAAAAGCAUAGAAAAACGGACGAGCAAAAAGAGACACGCGAGGCGCAGAAGUGAUUCGGAAUCUGAUGAUGCUCUGUCUGAAGCGCCGCCACCGCAAGUUAAUUCGCUGGCCGCAUCUAAAGAUGAGUUUGAUAAAUUUGAAGAAGAACGCUUAAAAGAUCUCAAGGAAAGAGACGAAUUUGUUAAUCGCCUAAAAGAAAAAGAAGCAAAAAAAACAAAAAAGUUUAGCAAUAAACAUGAAGAUGCUUUAAUAAAAGUUUCUGAGAAGCAUAAAGUCGAAAAAGAAGAACGAGAAGCCUAUUUAAGAGAGAAACGGAAAGAAGCUCGAAUUUUUUAUGUUCGAGACCGAGCCGCGCUAAAACUUGAAGAACUUCAUGAUGAUAUUGAAGACGAAAAGUUAUUUGAAGGCCAAAAAAUAACUCAUCGAGAAAAGCAUACUUUAGAAGAAAAAAAGAAAAUUUAUGAUAUAGCAAGUGAAUAUAUAAAUCUCGGCAAAAAGCAAAGAGAAGAAAAAUAUGAAAUGCCUGAAUCGUAUGUGGAGUACCGCGACGGAAAGGAAUAUAUCAAUAGAGCAAAGAAGGAAGCUUUACUUAAGCGAAGACAUCAGCCGGCAGCAACUAGUGCUGAUUUUUCAACCAAUGAAUACGUUGAAUGGGAGCAAGCACAACUAAGAAAUGCUCAAUUAAGGUUUGGGAGUAAAGAUGCCGCCGUUUAUAAUAAAGAGGUUGAAGAUGAACUGGAAGAGUAUAUGGACGAUCAGAUUGAGUUUAUAUUAAAAGAAGGAGGUGGGCUUUUAGGAAAUCAGACCGAAACUGAAGAGGAAUAUUUAAUAAGAAAAAAAGAACAGGAACGUCAAACUUUAAAGGAAGUUCGAAAAAGUUUGCCUAUCUACGCUCAUAAAGAUGAACUGGUUUCUUUGAUUGGCAAAUAUCAAGUUCUCAUAGUUGUUGCUGAAACGGGCUCCGGCAAGACCACGCAAAUCCCGCAAUAUCUAUACGAAGCGGGUUACUGUAAAGGCGGGAAGAAGAUUGGCUGCACACAGCCCAGACGCGUGGCCGCCAUGAGCGUUGCCACGCGUGUUGCAGAGGAGCUCGGUUGUAAGGUUGGCUACGAAGUUGGUUACUCUGUAAGAUUUGAAGAUUGUACUACAGAACGGACUUGUAUAAAAUAUAUGACGGACGGGAUGUUGCUUAGAGAAUUUAUGACAGAACCUGACCUUGAAAAUUACAGAGUAAUGAUGAUUGAUGAAGCUCACGAGCGCACACUUCACACUGACAUACUUUUUGGUUUAGUAAAAGACAUUGCCCUAGCGCGUGACGAUCUGAAACUGAUUAUAUCUUCAGCCACUCUCGACGCUGAAAAGUUUUCUGAUUUUUUUAAUAGCGCUCCAAUAUAUAAUAUUCCUGGAAGGAUGUAUAAUGUUGAUAUUUAUUACACAAAAGACCCUGAAGCCGACUAUUUGGAUGCUGUAGUUGUUACUGUUAUGCAGAUUCAUAUUUCCCAGCCUUUAGGCGACAUUCUCGUGUUUUUAACUGGCCAAGAAGACAUCGAGGUUUGCGCUGAGAUUCUUAAUGAGCGCGCCAAAAAAUUUGGCUCGAAAAUUAAAGAAUUGCUUGUUCUUCCGAUUUAUGCCAACUUGCCUUCAGAUUUGCAAGCAAAAAUAUUUGAGCCGACUCCUGAGGAUGCUAGGAAAGUUAUAUUAGCCACUAAUAUUGCAGAAACUUCGCUUACUAUUGAUGGCAUUAUUUACGUGAUCGAUCCUGGCUUUGUCAAGCAGAGCAGCUACGAUUCGACAACAGGAAUGGAGAGUUUGCUUGUCACGCCCAUCUCACAAGCCAGUGCUCAGCAGCGCGCAGGACGAGCUGGUCGUGUAGCCCCUGGGAAAUGCUUUCGUUUAUUCACAAGUUGGGCUUUUAAAAAUGAAAUGGAUGAAAGUGCGAUACCAGAAAUACAAAGAACUAAUCUCGGAAAUGUAGUGCUGUUGCUGAAAAGUUUAGGAAUAAACGAUUUGAAAAACUUUGAUUUUAUGGAUCCGCCCCCAACAAGAACUCUAAUUAAAGCACUGGAACAACUGUACGCAUUGGGCGCAUUGAACGACCGCGGAGAGCUCACUAAAACAGGACGCCGGAUGGCUGAGUUUCCAUUGGAUCCAAUGUUGUCGAAAUCGCUAUUGGCCUCUGAAAAAUAUAAAUGUUCUGAGGAAAUAUUGAGUAUAGUUUCAAUGUUGUGCGUGGGCAAUUCAGUAUUUUUCCGACCAAAAGAUAAAGCUGUGCACGCCGAUUCUGCGCGGCAAAACUUUUUUGGGGAGGGCGGUGACCACCUGACCCUCCUGAAUGUGUGGAAGGAAUAUGAAGAGUCCGGCUUUUCGGUGCCUUGGUGUUUCGAAAACUACGUUCAGCACCGGUCGAUGAGGAGGGCGCGGGACAUACGAGACCAACUACUCGGUCUGCUCGAGCGCGUGGAGAUUGAUCUUUGUUCCACGGCAGACAGCGUGGCUAUCCGGAAGGCCAUCACUUCUGGAUUUUUCUACCACACAGCGAGGCUUUCCAAGUCGGGCGACUACCAAACUAUUAAGCACCCCCAAUCCGUUUCCAUCCAUCCCAGCAGCUGUCUUAUAGAAGAACACCCCAAAUGGGUUCUCUAUCACGAACUUGUGUUUACUACACGUGAAUUUAUGCGAAAUGUUAUUAUAAUUGAAUCAAAUUGGCUUCUAGAAGUGGCUCCUCACUACUAUAAAUCAAAAGAAUUAGACGACCCGCAACAAAGAAAAAUGCCGAAGAAUUUUAAUGUACGAUCGGCGAAAUGAUUCCUUUAUAAAAAAAAGAUUCAAGAUCCAAAUGAGAUUCUUGUUUUUCCGUGAAAAGUAAAAGUUUUACUAUCAACAGUAAAGCGGAAGACUGCAAUGUGUUUCA